ACCACGUCUAUGUGUUUUUUGAACACCUCCAGGGAUGAUGGUUUGUGGAUGAUACGUGUGCAAGUGCCUCAAGUUUCUCCACAAGAUGUGUUCCACAAAUCCAGCAAAUUGGGUCACCUUUGAUGACGAGCCGCUCUUCCAGUCACCUCAGAAAUCAGUUGAUAAUCAGAGUAGCUGUAAAGCAAAUGGCCUUAAACUCAAUCUGUCUAGUGUGCAUGAGUCUUCAAGUAGGUCAUCUUCUACAGGCAGCACUCCGCUCUCGUCUCCUGUAGUUGACUUCUACCUAAGUCCUGGCCCCCCCAGCAACUCUCCACUUACUACACCUACCAGAGACUACCCAGGAAGUCCAUGCAUCCCAAAGCCUGGGAUUCACAUCCUUUAUCCCAUCCCUGAAUGGCCAGCAAACGUUAACCUUCUUCCAUCACCCGGGACUUGCUCAUCCCUAACCUCGCAGAAACGGAGCAGCCUUCCUUUGAACACCUUGCCUAAUGACCAUCCCGUUAAGACUUUGGUCUCCAAAUCGACAGAGGAAGGAAGCCCUAAUCCGCCAGGAAGCUGCGAGGAGUUAGGAGAGUCGUCAUCAGCACCGGGGCGCUUCCCGUACUUCCAGAGCGACUGUGCUUUUUCCAGUCCUUUUUGGAAGGAAGGAUGCUCCCUCAGCGCAUCGCCAGCUAGUGUUAGCACACACAGAAAGGACAAAGCGCUCGACAGGAGCGCCUGUCAUCCUAAAGACAAAGAAACUUGCCAUGAUCAGAAAAGCCUUAACCAGGGCUCCUUCAGCUACAUCUGUGAGCGGCUUGAACACCUGCAAGCUGAUAGCUCUGACGCUGCGGGAAGCCCACCCGUCUCCAGCGCUCACGCGUGGCACAAGCUCUCCCCCGCUGUCCCACGCAGCCUCUUCAGGAGCCGGAAAGUGGAUGGGUGGCCGUUCAUGCUGAGGAUUCCUGAAAAGAAGAACAUGAUGUCGUCUCGGCAAUGGGGCCCUAUUUACCUUAGCGUCCUAGCCGGAGGUGUAUUGCAGAUGUAUUAUGAAAAAGGCCUGGAGAAACCUUUCAAGGAAUUCCAGCUGCAGCCACACUGUAAGCUGUCCGAGCCCAAAUUAGAGAGCUAUAAUGUCUCAGGAAAAAUCCAUACUGUGAAGAUUGAGUGCGUGUCUUACGCAGAGAAAAGGAGGUAUCAUCCCAAAGUAGAAGUGAUCCAUGAGCCGGAGGUUGAGCAGAUGUUGAAGCUGGGCACCACAGAUUAUAACGACUUCACCGAUUUCCUCGUAACGGUCGAGGAAGAGCUUAUGAAACUUCCUACUGUUUCUAGACAAAAGAGGAAUUAUGAAGAGCAAGAAAUGACUCUGGAAAUAGUGGAUAACUUUUGGGGGAAAGUCACUAAGGCAGAAGGAAAACUCGUAGAAAGUGCCGUCAUCACGCACAUUUACUGCUUGUGUUUUGUGAACGGAAGCGCCGACUGCUUUCUAACCCUGAAUGACCUGGAGCUCCAGAAGAGGGACGAGCGUUACUUCGAGAAGGAGGAGGAGAAGAAAUGGAUUGAUAUUCUUGAUUGCCAUUUCCAUAACUGCGUCAAAGCGCAGGAAUUCGAGCAAUCGCGAAUUAUUAAGUUUACGCCCCCCGAUGCCUGUAGGCUGGAACUGAUGCGUUUCACGACACGGUAUAAUGGGCAAGACCUUCCCUUUUCCGUGAAAGCUGCGGUAGUGGUUCAGGGGGCAUACGUUGAACUUCAGGCUUUUAUAAACAUGUCUUCAACUGCUCUGAUCCCAACGCGUUUACCCUAUGUGAAAUACUGUGAAAACGUUAUGAUACGCUUUCCCGUUCCCACGCAGUGGGUCAAAGCACUUUGGACCAUGAACCUCCAAAGGCAGAAGUCCCUAAAAGCAAAAAUGAAUAGGAGAGCAUGCCUUGGCGCUUUACACGAGGUUGAAUCUGAUCCUGUGAUACAAGUCUCGGUUGGAACAGCAAAAUACGAGAGUGCCUACCGGGCUGUUGUGUGGAAGAUAGACAGGCUUCCAGAUAAAAACUCAAGUUCAGAUCAUCCACACAGCCUGUCUUACAAACUGGAACUCGGAUCAGACCAGGAAAUACCUUCUGACUGGUAUCCAUUUGCUACUGUCCAGUUUGUUGUCCAUGAUACCUGUGCCUCAGGAACAGAAGUCAAGUCACUGGGCAUAGAGAGUGAUCUGCAACCCCAGAAACACGUAGUCCAGAAAGCUUUUUACAAUUGCCAGGUUGAAAUUGAAAAGAAGUGGAUUAGGCUUGAUGGAGAAGAUCCAGAUAAGGCUGGCAACUGCCUAAUGCAGUAAAAGAGGACAGGAGGCACCGUCAUAGGUGCUCUUAGGUUUGAUUCCGCAAAUCAGUACUUGUUUGACUGGCCUGCGUUCAAGAAAACUUCCUGUCAUGGGAAUACUGGUAUGAGUAAGGUCUCCUUGUAAAGAGUUGCAGGAUGUGAGCACUUAAUUGACUGAUUGUAAUAUAUUAUUUUCCUGUUGUGUAUCUAUAACUUGGGAAUGAUCUCAUACUCCGUAUUGAAACCUAAUGGUUCUACUCAAAGAGUUCAUGUCACUUGGACAUAUAAUAUUCAGCAAUAAAAACUGCCAGAGUGCUUAUGUGGAGACCAGCAUCUGUGUAAGAUCCAGCAGGACCUUUUUUUAAUGGUGUUUGAAAAGUGAAGUCCCUCAUGUUUCUGCUCCCCUUGAUAUA